AUGACGGGGAAACAAGGCGCCGUGCUUUCGGAAAGUUUAAAUUUAUCGGAGAAAACCUCUCUGGGUGCAAAUGGAGGGAGUAACAGCCUCCAGCCGAAGAACAGCGCGACCCAUCCGCCGCCCAGGUGCACCGGUUUUGGCAUCCAGGAGAUACUGGGGCUCAAUAAGGAGCCGUCGUCCGCGGCCCCGAGAAACCCGCUGGGCUCGCUGCCGGCCGGGGCGCACCUGAUCGCCGCCAGGUCCGUGCUGGGCCCCGCCGGCGUGGGUAUGGGUGUCGGGAUGGGAUUAAUCGGCCCUGGUGGAAUUCCGUCGUUUUACAGCCAGCCAGCGUUUUUGGAGACUGUGCUGUCGGACGCACAGGAUGUUCACCUGCAGCCCCACAGCAGGUCCGUGGGGCCGCUGGACACCAGCCAGUCUGCCAGCUCAGAUUCCGAGGAUUUAUCUUCAAAUGAAAGAAAACUGUCGAAGUCAUCUGUAAGUCAGAGCAAGAAACGCAAGAAAAGGCGUCACCGGACCAUAUUCACCUCAUAUCAGCUGGAGGAGCUGGAAAAGGCCUUUAAUGAAGCGCACUACCCGGAUGUUUAUGCCCGAGAGAUGCUGGCCAUGAAAACAGAGCUGCCUGAAGACAGGAUACAGGUUUGGUUUCAGAACCGCAGAGCUAAGUGGAGGAAGAGGGAGAAAUGCUGGGGCCGCAGCACUGUGAUGGCUGAGUACGGCCUGUAUGGAGCCAUGGUGAGACAUUCAAUCCCUCUGCCAGAGUCCAUACUCAAGUCUGCCAAGGAUGGCAUCAUGGAGUCCUGCGCCCCCUGGCUGCUCGUCCAAGAUGGCUUACCAAUCAACAGACGCAAUUCUAAAUCUGAAUACCCGCAACUCUUUGCAGGGAUGCACAAAAAGUCCAUGGAGGCAGCUGCUCCCCCGUCAACAGGAAAGUGUGACGCGCCCCAGCAGCCCAGCUCUCAGAGGGCAGAAGAUGCUGAGGCGGAGGAGAAGAGGUCAGAAGGCAACUCCACCAUUUCUAAAGAGGAACUGAGAGAGAACAGCAUUGCUGCACUCAGGGCCAAGGCACAGGAGCACAGUGCCAAAGUGCUGGGGACGGUUUCUCACGACAGACUGCAGGAGGGCAAACAGGAGAGACAGGCGGUCGAGGAGAGGGCCAGUGAUCCCCUGAGUCCAGCAGAGGAGGAGAAGAGUCCAUAG